AUGUCUCACGUGCUGAUCCCGUUUUUUACUAUAUUGGUCGUAUUUGUAAAUUUCGUUGUUGGUAUUAAAGGGUCAUCAUAUGAUUUAAUAACAACAUCAACUAAAUUAUUAGUUUAUCUAGUUACUGCAUGUAGCAGUGCAGUGUUCAAUAGGGCAUCAUAUCGACUUUAUUGUAUUAUCAUCCAUUACGCUUUAACACUAGCUAUUUCUAUACUCGGCUUUCUAACUGCUUUACUUUCAACUUAUGGUCAACAAGAUCAUCCCAUUACAUCAACAGUAGAUAUGAUUACAUUGUUAUUCUGCAUGGUGUAUCUGUACACGGUUUGGAGUGACUAUCACGACUCACAACAACUACAACAUGGUACAGCUCAACAACAAGAUAUUCAUCUAAUAUAA